AUGUGCUCUUUGUUAGGUCGAGGAGUGUUCAGCUGUCGCCACUUCCAAAAGGGAGAUUUUCUCAUUGAAUAUCGAGGGGAAGUCAUAACUAAACAAGAAUAUGAAAGAAGGCACAGAGUAUACCACACUGCGGUUAAAGUUUUUUUGUUUGAAUUUCGUUUUAAUGGAAAACAGUUGUGGGUUGAUGCUGCCAGAGAAGACGACUCUUUAGGGAGACUCGUCAAUGAUGAUCAUGUGAACCCCAACAGCAAAAUGAAAACAAUCAGAGUGGACGGAAAGCCCCAUCUGUGCUUAUUUGCAAUAAAGGACAUAAGUCCUGGGGAAGAGAUUACGUAUAACUAUGGGGAUUCUGACUGGCCAUGGAGAAGCAAGGUAUUUACAGAUGGAACUAAAUUUUUACAUCUGAUUUGUGAUUUGGCUCUAAAUAAUUUCUGA